AUGAAACGGCGACAAAAGAGGAAACAUCUGGAAAAUGAAGAGUCCCAGGAAACUGCUGGGAAGGGAGGAGGAAUCUCAAAGUCACAAGAGGAUGUCCCUCAGCCUGGAUCCACUGGACCGGCCAAAGCCUGGAACCUAGGGUUAGGGGAGGUCUCCUCUGCCUCUGAAUAUUUCUCCUGUGUUUCUUCUCCGCGAAAGCUCAUCCAUAGUGGAAUCCAGACCUUACAUCGAGACAGCCCCCAGCCUAGAUCACCCCUGGCCCAGGCUGAGGAGCAGGGGAGGACUCCGGCCCCCUCACAACACGCCUCCUUCUCGUCCCGUUCAUCCUACAAGACCUGUGUGUCCUCUCAGUAUGUAAACAAAGAGAAAAGGGGCAUGAAAAUAUACUACAUGCAGGUACAGAUGAAAAAAGGUGUGGCCGUCUCCUGGGAGACAGAGGAACCCUCAGAGUCCCUAGAAAAGCAGCCGAGGUUGGAAGAAGUGACGCUUCCCGAGGACGUGCGGGUAGGUACUGCCCCCUCUGAUGUGUCCACCAGAAACCUCCUGACCGACAGUGAGCCCAGCGGGGAGGAGAAAGAGCAUGAGGAAAAGGCAGAGUCAGACAGCCUGCCGGGGUCGCCCGCAGUCGAGGAGAGACCCAGGGCCAAGACGCCUGACUGGCUGGUGACCGUGGAGCGUGGCUUCAGGUGCAUGGCCUGCUGCCGAGUCUUCCCCACCGUGGAUGUCCUCCAGAAGCACGUGCAGCACGGGGUCAGGGAGGGCUUCAGCUGCCACGUCUUUCAUCUCACCAUGGCUCAGCUGACAGGCCGUGUGGAAUCAGAGAGCACCCAGGAGGAGGAUGAGGAGGAAGAGUCCGAGGAGGAGGAAGAGAAGCAAGAAGGAAAGGAGAGCCAGGAGGAGCCGCCCACAGGGGAAGACUCUGGCCCGAAGAGGCCCUGGAGCCAGUGUCCAGGAUGUGUGUUUCACCCUGCAGAGGACAGGAAGUGA